AUGAAGUGUGAGUGGGAGCUUCUGGAAAGGAAGGCCAUGGCCUGGAUUCACAUCCAUGCAGAGUCACCUUACGUCCACUUAGAAAAUGUUAAAAGGACCAGAAGAACCAGAGCAGUAUCUCCUGAUAGAGUUGGGGACAUUAUACCUCCAGGAUACUUCGGUGUCACGGGUCCCUUUUCGAGGUCUGACUUCCUCACAGGUGUGAGGAAUGCUUCAGUGGUGACCGAGUUUAUUCUGCCGGGCACCCCACACACAGGGGAUCUGGAGACCAUGCUCUUCGUCCUGUUUUUGUCCUUCUGCCUCUUUACCCUUAUGGAGAGCCUGCUCACCCUACUGGCAGUCGUCUCCUCCAUUCAACUUCACACUCCCAUGUACUUCUUCCUGUGUCAACUAUCAGUGUGUGACAUAGUUUUUCCUUCUGGGAGUUCCCCCAAGAUGCUCUUCUACCUCUCAGGGAACAGCCGAGCCAUCUCCUAUGCAGGCUGCAUGUCCCAGCUCACCUUCUACCAUUUCCUGGGAUGUACUGAGUGUUUCCUGUACACAGUAAUGGCUUAUGACCACUUUGUUGCCAUAUGUUACCGUCUGCGCUACACAAUAAUCAUGAGUCACAGAGUGUAUGCCAUCCUGGCCAUGGAGACCUCAUUUUCUGGUUGUAUUCAGGCCACCUUUCUAACUACUCUCACAUUCCAACUGUCCUUCUGUGGCCCCAAUGAGGUGGACUGUUUCUUCUGUGAUAUCCCAGUGAUGCUGAAGCUGGCUUGUGCAGACACCUCAGCCCUGGAGAUGGCGGGGUUCAUCAGUGUGGGCCUCAUGCCCCUCAGCUGCUUCCUUCUCAUCCUCACCUCCUACAGUCGCAUUGUCUACUCCAUCCUGCAGAUCCGCUCUGCAGAGGGCCGACGGCACGCCUUCUCCACCUGCAGUGCCCACCUCACUGCCAUCCUGCUUUUCUACAUGCCAGUGGUCCUCAUCUACCUAAGGCCAACCCCAAGCCCCUGGAUAGAUGCAGCUGUUCAGAUCCUGAAUAACCUGGUCACCCCCAUGCUCAACCACUUGAUCUACAGCCUCAGGGAUAAGGAAGUGAAGUCAUCUCUGAGGAAAGUCCUACAUCAACUGGGCUUCCUUCCUGAGCAUUGUAGAGAGAGAUCAGUUGCUAACACUUCAACUGCACUUCAUAGUUUUAUGAAACAUUUUUAUACGGUUCUCACAGAUAUCUUUGAAUUUGAGAUGACAGGUAUCAUUAUGAUUAUCUCCAUUUCACAAUGUGGGGACUAA